AGGCCCUCGGUGCCCCCCCCGCCCGAAGGGCCGCGGCCCGCCAUGAUCAUAGCACUGUCCGCCGCCCUGAGGUUUCACAGCAAGCCGAUAGCGGAGUGUGCUGUGACGUCGGCGCCCCGGCUCGGCGCGAAGGCGAAGGCGCUGGUCGCCGAGCUGCGCCGGCUCGAGGCGAAGGAUAUCAAAAAGCAGCUCCAUGUGAAUGAGGCGCUGGCCAAGCAGUAUGAGAAAGGCUUGAGCGAGUUCGAGAAGCAACAGCCGGUCCCCGCCUGCUCCCUGUACGACUCGGCCCUGUUUGCGGCCUUUGACGCGACGAGCUUCGAGCAGGAGCGCCGCGGGGCCACAGGGCACGUGAGAAUAUUCUCGGGGCUGUACGGGUUGCUGCGACCGUUCGACCAGAUCCAGGCGCUGAGUUUGCCUGUGGGGCUGAAUACCAAGCUGAAGAACAGCAAGGAACCGUUGCAUCGGGAGUCGGCGGACCGAGGUAGACAACACAGUUGA